AUGUGUCGUGUUCCCGCUGUUAAAUUAAGUCACAGAAAUGUUUUGCAUAAGCUGGAGUCGAUUAACGUGCACAGUCGGACGCUUUUAAGCAUAACGAAUCCCUGUGACGAUGAAGCGAGACGUCCACUCGGCGGUCGGGCUGCCGUAAAGUGGCGUGCAUCCGCCGUUCCGAUGGCCGAGAUGUCGGGUGCCCUGACCCCAAACGGCUCGGCCACCGACGAUGAGCCGGCGCGGCGGCGCUCCGUCUUCUACGUGCCCCUGUUCGAGAGCUUCGACAACUACCUGCCGCUCACGGCCGAGGAGAAGGAGGCCCUGAUAUGCGGACAGAACAUAGACGAGGUACCGAUAAAACCGAAGAGGAGGAACGCCUCGCAGCGGCUGCAGAUCUCGCGCGGCGAUUCCUCUAUGACGGAGAGCGAGAGCGAAAUAAACACGUUCAGCCCGCAGCGACGCAUGCGCCGCCCGUUGUCUUCCACGAUCAGCUCCAACGAGGCGCUGGCCAGGAUCGUACAAAGGGAGCUCACUAGCUCCCGAUUGUCUGCCGAAAACAGCCCACCGAGGCAUUCGAAACCUAGAUUACGAAGCACCACCUCGUGUGAGCCCCGCUACGACAGAGUUUUUUCACCCUUAGGUGGUUCGGUCUCUACGCACAAAUUGAAUAAUUCAACCUCAAGUAUCGGCAAUAGAUUGACAUCUAAGAGCCCAAUACGUAAUUCUAAUCUGUCUCUAAUACCCGACUCACCAAAGUUGCUAUCGCCUAACAAGGAGAAGUCUAAAACACUGCCGCAGAACCUCAACACUCCAUCGCCCAUAAGAGGGAGUAGCAGUUCAUCGUCCAUAUUUAAAACGCCGAAGAUAACCGUUACGCCCGAAAGUCCAAACAAGAGCCCGGGGAAAAUAUCGGGACUGAACUUUAUACGCCGCUCGAGGAGCACAAAGCUGUCACGAAGCAAUUCUUUGCUGCGCAGCAUAACCGCACGACACAUCGAGGAAGGAUUGGACGAUACUGUGGCGGUGGUGACGAAUCUGACCGAGGACUUCGACAAGUUUGUGGGUGACAACGGCGGGCAGAAUGAAGUUAUCGGAGCCCUGAUCAAAAAGAACGAAGCUGAGGUGGCGAACAGCCCGCUAAGCAUCAGACGGGGCUAUCUGGACGUCGACGACGAAGUUGCCGUACAUUCCGACACAUCGUACGAGAAGGCAUGUCGCCGCGGGUCAGCGCCGAGUACGCCGGUGCCGGGCGCUCAGGCCCAGCACAGCCCCUCGCGGCUCGCCUCCUUCUUCUUCUCGAAGCGCUCGUUCAGGAGCAACCCGCUCAAGAGGACCAAGUCGGCCACGAAACUUGAGAGGGAGCGCGCCCUGGCCGCGGCGCCUACUCAUCCGCCGGCACACGCAUUACGGACCUCCAGAUCUCAUGAAAGUCUGCUGUCAGCACACUCACCCGCCGUGUCCACGAUGGAUUUGGGACCACCCAAUCAAGUGGAAAUCCGCGCUUUGCACUCCUCGGUGCUGGGCAGGCCGCACUGCUUCGCUUUGAGCGCCGAGAACAGAGCGCCUCGCUACUUCGCCUGCGCCUCUAGGAGGGAGCGCGACCGGUGGAUAUACAGUUUAAGACAAGCGGCGCGACCAGACGAAAUACGCACGCGUCGCUGCGAGCGCACCGUAAAGCUGUGGCUACUGGAAGCUAAGGCCAUACCGCCGAAGAAAAGAUACUACUGCGAAAUACUGCUCGACGAUACACUUUACGCAAGGUCGUCGUCUAAGCUGAAGUCGGAGCUCUGCUUCUGGGGGGAGGUGUACGAGUUCGGCGCCCUGCCCGCCGUUCGCAACAUCCACGUGAACGUGUACCGCGAGCCGGAGAGGCGGGCGCGGAAGCGGGACAAGCACGCGCUAGUAGGCACCGUCCGGAUACCGGUGGACGACGUGUCGUCGCGCUACCUGAACGAGCGCUGGUACCCGCUGAGCGAGGAGAAGCCGCAGUCACCGGCGCGCGGCGCCGCCCCCCCGCCCGCGCUGCGCAUCAAGUGCCGCUACCAGUGCGUCGAGGUGCUACCUCUCGACUGCUACGCGCGCUUCCUCGACUACCUCAGGCGCAACUACCGCCGCCUCUGCGAGUACCUCGAGCCGGUCAUCGGCGUGAAGGCGAAGGAGGAUAUCGGAUGCGCCCUGGUGCUUUGCAUGGCUGGUGCUGGUAUGGCGCCCCGCUACCUGGCCGAUGUGGUGGCUCUCGACGUACGCCGCACUGGUGACCACUCUCUCACCUUCCGCGGCAACUCGCUGGCAACCAAGAGCAUGGAGGCCUACCUCAAGCUGGUCGGCGACCAGUAUCUGCAGGAGACGCUCGGCGAGGCGGUGAGACGCUCGGCGAGGCGCUGUGCACCUUGCGCGCUGGCGUUAAAGUCCAAUUUCGCUUGUCACUCAGGAGACGCUCGGCGAGGCGCUGAGACGCUCGGCGAGGCGCUGUGCACCUUGCGCGCUGGCGUUAAAGUCCAAUUUCGCUUGUCACUCAGGAGACGCUCGGCUGGAAUAACUCAUGAAUACCCCAACGAGCGAGCGGCGCGAAAUCUCACACUGGUGGCGAAGACUCUACAGACGUUGGCAAACUUCACUCGUUUCCAGGGAAAGGAGGCCUUCAUGGAGUUCCUCAACGACUUCCUCGAACAAGAGGCACCCAAUAUGAAGGCAUUUCUGAGAGCAAUUUCGACACGGCCCCAGGAACAACAGCAGUCGCCGCAGGAGGGCGGCAAGCGGGAGUCGUGCGCGUCGCAGGGCUCCGGCACGGGCUCGGAGGGCUCGCGGGGCGAAGGCUCCGCCACCGUGGAGCCCGACCCCGACUGGGCGCCCCACGUCGACCUGGGCAAGCAGCUGGCCACCCUCCACGGACUGCUGGUCGACAGUCUGCCGAAGCUGCCCGCUGCAAGGAUACAGGAGCUGGAACCACUGUCAGAUAUAUUGGAAGAACUCAGUAAGAGAUUAGCGAGUAACGACAACGGACCUAUGGCACCAAUAUCCGACAACAUCUUUAGGUUCAACGAUCCCACUUGCAACACGCCGACGAAGCACAGCAGCGCCGAGGCGCCUCCGAACGGCCAGCUGAAUAGCAACUUCGCGCACAGCUCGCCGAUCAUGAGCAAAAACGGAGUCCAAUUCAACAUCAGCCCGUCGAAGUCGAACGCCGACGAGUCCAAAUACAAAGGCGCGUACGUCUCCAAGUCGCCCAGUUUCAAUCCGCGCUCCGCCACGUUGCCAAGAAACGGCUACGGCACCAAUCCGAACAAUCAGAGCGUGAACCCGGACAGGUACAGCUCGCAGUACAACAAUCAAGAGCACUGCGUCAACCUCAAGGUCGUCCAGAUAGGCUUCGGCUCCGACCAAUACCCAAAGGGCAUAAGCAACGGCCUCAACGAGAGCCUCGAGCGGCGCUUCCAGGACAGGUACAAGCCGAACUACAACCAGCAGCAGCCCCACUUCCACAACAGCAAUUACGCCGCGGAGAGGUCACCGAGCAGCGACAGCGUCAACCACAACUACUGCGCCAACGACAUGCAGAACAUCAUGAAGGAGACGGCCACGCUCGAGGAGCUAUCGGACCUGCUCAAGUACGCGGACGACUCGGACAUCGUCGACGACAAGCUCAACAACAAGAAGAACGUGUCCCAGUCGAAAUCAACAAACAACAACAACAAUAACAACAACAACAUCGUCAACGGAAACAACAAGUCCGGCUACACGAACAACGGCUCCAACGUCUCCAUCAGCGGCCUGUCGAACGUUGCGAGCUCCGGCUACCAGAGCAUCGCCACUUACAGCCAGAGCUCCAGCCCCAUAGAGAACGCCGCCCACCACCACCAGGCCUACGAGAACGGCGGCCAGCCGAUGAGCCGGUACUCGCAGCUGAACUAUCAGAAGCAACGGGAGAAGCAGUACUACGACAGCAAGAACGAGAAGUUCUACCCGAAGAGUCCGGUGCAGCAGAAGAUCGAAUACGACAUCCAGAAGUACGGUAUACAGAACUUCACGACGGCGGACAGCGUGCAGGCGAUCGCGAACGCCAAUCCGAAGAUAGCGCCGCUGGUAUUCACCAACCCCGUGUACAACAUGGACGACAAUCGGCAGCCGCAAGAGAAGAACGCGAACGGCGAAAACAGGAACUCCAAGCGCUGUCCAUGUGGCUCAUCCAGUUCAUCCAUCGAUGAGGAGGGCUUGAGCACAGACAACGCGGAAACAAACUCGGAGGAGGGCUCCGCCAACUUCAACGACGAUGGCAGGAACUAUGACCAACAGAACCGCAACAGUACCCACCGCAAACUCACCAGAGAUAAUUGUAACUACGAAGACUUGUACCAGGUGAGCAACCAUAGCCAUUCCCCUAGGAUAAGGGACGACGAGUCGUCCAGCAACUCGCCAAGCUUAAGGAUGAGCAGCAAAACCCGAAUGCCGCGAACCAAUCCGAUGCUCUCGUACUCGACGAAUCAGAAUCAGCUCAAUUUGAAGCACUUCGGCCAGAGAGGGGACACCACUUACGAGAGCAAGCCUCAUCACAUAUCGACCGACUCCGGUUACCCGAUGAGCCGGUCAGACUCCAACGUCGAGGAAGUGAACAAGGAAAUGUACCGGCUCCAGAUAUCGAGGAGUCAGAAGGCGCUGUACAAUAUGGAGAACUCGAAGAGCUCGUCCGAGAAGUUCACGGCCACCGAGAACACCAUACCGGAGACGAAUUACCCUCUGGAUAGAGCGUACUCUGGCGCGAAGGUGUCGGGCAGCAGGCUGAACGAGGAUCUGGAGAGGCACCAGGAGUACUACGGGAUGAGGGAGAGGAGGGACUCGCCGAGCCGGGCGGUGUUCGGGAGGGAGUCCCAGUCGAGUGAGGCCAGCGAGAGGGUGAACGUGAGGGAAGCCCGACCAGAGCGCGAGAUUUCCGCGAGGGACAAGCUGCAGAGGCGCCUCAGCUUGGAGUCCGCGCGGGACCUUACCGACAGCUCUGACGAGGUCGACGAAACGCUCUACAGCACCACGGGGCGGCGACGCACCUCCAAACACCAUAGGACUAUCGAACAGUAUGAGCGUGAGAUCGAAAGGUUAAAGUGUUCGGUGGAAUUGUUGCGAGGACGGCUCGGACCUGCUGAGCCUGGACAAGAUCACACCGAUGCCAAAAUGAAGGCGAUUAUAUCCAGGUUAAUCUGCGUGGAGGAGGAGCUGAGGCGGGAGCAGCGCAAGAUGGCGGCGGCGUUGUCGCACAAGCAGCGCGUGAUUGAAGCGCAGGAGCAUCGCAUCGCGGCGCUCGACGAGGCCAACACCCGCCUUCUGUCGGCGCUAGUACACCUCCAGCAGAGGGCGCCACACCCGGCGCCCACGCACUCCCACCACGAGUUGCAGAUA